UUGCGUGCUGUCCUCCGUUCAGUUCGACCUCUGGUGCCGGUAAGAGGAGUGUGUGAGCAGGGCCCCGGGUAUCCGUAAUCCGCCAGCAUCCUUCACCGUCCGAGGGGCUGUGACAGACUUCCGAGCCGACACCUUCCGAGGAACACUCACCCACAUUCAACAUGUAUGCCUGCGCGAAGUUCGUCUCCACACCCUCUCUGAUCCGUGCUGGGUCCAGAGUUCUGUACAGACCAGUUUCUGCAUCAGUGUUGUCUCGGCCAGAGGUCCGAACUGGAGAGGGAAACGCCACACUCCUCAGUGGGACUCCAAACCCCUUCACACAGUUGGUACUGAGGGAAUUCCAGACCAGUGCAGUCAGCAGGGACAUUGACACUGCUGCAAAGUUUAUUGGUGCUGGUGCUGCCACAGUUGGAGUGGCUGGCUCUGGUGCUGGUAUUGGAACAGUGUUCGGCAGCCUCAUUAUUGGCUAUGCCAGAAAUCCAUCACUGAAACAGCAGUUGUUCUCUUACGCCAUCCUGGGAUUUGCCCUGUCUGAAGCUAUGGGUCUCUUCUGUUUGAUGGUUGCUUUCCUUAUCCUGUUUGCCAUGUGAAUGAAGAAACGGUCUACAAUUGAGAAAUCAACUGUAAUAAUAUUUUACUGUGGGUCCCACGGAAUGUUGUCGUCGUGGAAAUGUACAAUAUUUCCAAAGUCCUUUCAUUAAAAAUAGUAAAACUUUAAGUAUACAAAGUUUGUACUGUUUUUGUGACCAGCACUUAUCUAGUCCUAAGGAAGUUGCAAAAUUAUUCUGAAGAUAUACGUAAUUCCAAAAAAGCACUACCUUGUAAAAUGUCCUGCCACAUAAAUGCAUUAAAGUCCAGAUAGUUGAA